AGCUGCUCAGAGCUGGAACAUGAGGCCCGUGCUUGGAAUGGCUUUGCAGUGCCUGCUGCUGCUCCUCCCCUCAACUGCUCUGCUAAGAAAAGGAGGUGUCGAGGGAGGACUUUCACCUGCUGAAGAACUGGAAAUAACCUUUUCAAAGGAGUUGGGAUUUGGAGAGGAGCGGAGAGAAAAGGAAGACGGGAGCAUAUAUGAAGGAGCAGAACUCAACUUAAUGGCAUUGACGCCCAAGGCCACCACUGCUACUCGUCUCCUCUUGAAGAGUGACAAGCCAGGAGAUGAUGCCAAAGGAGCAAAAUGCCCUCCGCUCAUCUCUGAGGAGGCAGUUUUCCCAGUUCUGGGGUCAGAUUCCAGCCUCCCCCCUUGGCCCAUUGGUGGGCUGGAAGGGCCAGUGUGCACGGUGAAAAUGGGCAGGCGGUACGGCUUGGGCCAGAGCCACUUGGAAGUCGUGGGGGUCCUUACCAGCUAUGAAAGCGAUUUCCUCAAAGUGGUGAGACGUUCAAGCUGGGAGCAAGGCCGGCUGGAGACUUUUGGGAUCUGUCCUGCUGGGGAGGCCCAUUCUGCUCUCUUGUCUCUGAAACGCAUCAGUGCCCACUUGGCUGACCCAGGGGAGAACAGGUUCCUUCUGCUGCAUCUUGAAGAAGUGAAGUGGGAUGCUGAGACAAAGCUCAGGUUUAAGCUGGCUUUUCAAGAGGACGUGGGGCGGUCACUUGGAGAGCUCCAGUCUGCCUUGCUGGUGUUUUAUCCUGGAAGCAGGGAAAGGAAGGGCAGCAAAGCAAGAGAGAAGCUCCUGGCAGCAGGAGAAGGGCUGCACCAGACGCAGGCUCUCUGCCUCUCCAGGGACACCCGGUACCUGCUGCUCAGGGCCUCGGUGAUGUCUGCCCUCCGCUCACACAGGCAGCUCAGCUUCGACGUUUCCUUGGCACUCAGGCGUCCCAGUGAUGGAGGCUCCCUCCUGCCCCCCCUGGAGGCCCAGCAACUGCUCUUCGGGGCUGACGAGAAGUGUUUCACCAGGAUGACCCCAGCCUUGCUCUUGCUGGUGAAGCCGCGGUGCGAGGCAGACGCCCCGUCCCCCUCUUCCUUCCUCUCAGUGGGCGGCCUGGUGGAGACGGUCCCUUACCCACAGCCCAGCUCGCCCCCUGGUGGCAAGGCCGAGGAGCCGGCCUCUAAUGCAGCUGCUGGCCAGGCCAAUGCUUCAUCCCCAGCGCCCGGCAGCCAUGACCAGUUCCUGGGCAGCCUGACCAGGUUCGUCAGCAGGGUCCUGAGCCCCUCGGGGGAGCCGCCUGCUGCCUCCGGCCUCCACCACUGGCUGGACUUCAAGACGAUGGAGACGCUUCCUCACCGGCUGCUCAACCUGUCGGAGCAGGCAGCCCUGGAGCGGCUGGUGCAGUCGGACGAGCCCCUGGUGCUCCUGUUCCCCCAGAACAGCCAGGCGCUGCUGGAGCAGCAGUUCGGGCACUGGCGGCUGGAGGGGAGCCUGCUGCAGAGGCUGCUGGAGAAGCUCCAGGCUGUCAUCCAGGAGCUGAGGGAGAUCCCAGCCUUUCAAGCCAACAUGGACCUCUUCCAGCACCUCCUGGCCUUCUGCUAUUACCCCCUGGGGUCGGGCAGCGGCGACCCCACGGAGCUGCCCCAUGGCCACCGGAAGCUGCGCACGCUGCUGCUGCUCAAAGCCCUGCAGACGGUGCGCGCCCACUGGCAGGAGAAGAGGAAGGUGUCCCGGCAGAACCGCAGCGCUGGGCCCCAGGCCUACUGCCGGCUGCAGGAGCUGACGAUCAACCUCCGCUACGAUUUCAUCAUCGUCCCUGUGGAAUACACUGCCAACAACUGCGAGGGCCCCUGCCGCCGCCCGCUCUCUACCCGCAGCCCCGGCUACUCCUCCCACACGGUGCUGCUGCUGGAAAUGCAGGCACGGGGCACGCCCCUCCGGCGCAGCCCCUGCUGUGUGCCCGUCAAAUACUCCAGCCAGGACGUCAUCCUCUUCACCGGGGAGGGCUUGCAGGUCACGACGUACCCCGAAAUGGUGGCAGAGGAGUGCGGCUGUCGGUAGAGAUGCCCGGCCUGUCCCGUCUCUCCCUGGCGUCCUUUUGGCCUUCAGAGCUUGGAGGGAGGUGACUGAGCUGAGGCCGUG